GGGUGUGCAGGCUGCCUAAAAAGAAAAAGAAAGAAAUUAGAUGAAUGUCGAUACCAGUGCUAUUGCUUGCCUCUUACCUGCAUUUGCCUCCACGGCCUCUUGGCUUGCGGAGUCUGUAUGAGGGAGCUGCUGUGGCUAGGCGUAGGCAUUGUCUAAGCAAAAAGAAAAGGCCAUUCAAAUGGGGAAUUAUGGAAAUAAAUGCAGUUGUUAUGUCUGCUUCUUGCACUCUUCUUGCCUAAAGUUUUCAAACAUAGUGUCCAGUACACACCAGCACUUUGACUGCUUCUGCUUUUUACCUCCAGGUGUUGCUGCGAGAUCCUUAGUAUGGCUGCGUGCAGCAUUGUAACACUUGGUGGAGGCAUUUGAAGUGGUAGCCAAAAAUAUAAAGAAUCAUCCUUGUCUGCAUGAAUGCUUUCAAUUUCUAAAUGCAGUGGUAACUAUCACUAUUAGUGCAAGGCACCCCACAUCUAUGCGGCAAGUGCCAUAGCUCGAAACUGAAUUUUUUCCUUUAGUGUUUCACAAGGCGUCUGAUAUGUCCACAUUAGAUGUGAUGUGUUUGUUUUUAUUUAUCCCAGUGUGGAGAGAGCUUGUGAAGACCAGUGUUGAGUGGGCAAGAGAGCAGAGUGGGCAAGAGAGCAACGUAGGCAGCAUGGUUCACGCUUGGCCCGUUGCGCUUCGCAGGUUUUCCUGUCAUCCGUCCUUAUGCUGUGCCUGCCUCCUGCUCAGACGGCAAUCACCGUUCCUACAACUCUGGAACGCCUGGAUUACAUCGUAGAAUGCCACGCUUUUCCGGGUGUUAUCUCGGAUGUUUUCCCAGCACCGCAGCUCGCUGUCUGCAGGGAAUACUCAUCGACACUGGCAUCAGUUCCUGAGACUGCCUAUAUCUACUGGCGGAACGUUCGUCACUUCAGUGGGCAAGAGAGCAACGUAGGCAGCAUGGUUCACGCUUGGCCCGUUUGCGCUUCGCAGGUGUGUAAACGAUAUUCUUUAUAUGUUAAAAAAAGCGACAACCCGUACUUGCUGUUGCUCCCUUGCCCACAAGUGUUUUAUGAAAUUGCCUGUGACUGUUUUUCGUUAGUGUUUCUACUACUACGCUCCGGUGAUGUGGAAACAAAUCCCGGGCCUGACACUCGUUCGGCAUCAUUGCUUUCCUUGGAAGACUUGCCCGAUGAUCUCGCAGAACAAAUGCGGGUUCUUUUUCAUUUAUUGAAAGAUUUGCAUACUCGUUCUGUGCAAUCAGCAAGAAGUCAGGCCGAACUGUCCGCUGACAUAAAAGCCAUAAAAAGCAGUCAAAAAAGUAUCGAAACGAAGAUUGGCAACAUUCACGAUAGAUUGGAUAAACUCGAAGAAAAAAAUAAAUCGUUCGACAAUAUGUCUGGAGAACUUAACGGAUUACGCCAGACAGUGGAAGGCGCUACCGCCAGGCAUGACUCUUUGGAAGCUCGUGUAGACGAUUUAGAAGAUAGGUCGCGUCGCGACAACUUAAUUUUUCGAGGUAUACCUGACUCUCCUGAAUCGUGGGACCAGUCUGAAGCACGUGUCAAAUCUGCCCUUCUUUGUGUUGCGGAUAAUUGGCCCGAUAAUGCUAUCGAUCGUGCGCAUCGUAUCGGACCUUUCGUCGCCAAUAAGUGCCGCCCCAUUAUUGUGAAGUUUUCAAACUAUAAGGUCAAACAAAAAGUUCUGAGUGCACGUAAAAAGCUAAAAGAAAAUAGCAUCACUAUGAGCGAAGAUUUUUCACCCGCAACGCGUCGUAUACGCUCGAAACUUGCUGAUUUUGCCAAAAGUCAAUCGGAAACUGAGCCCUAUCAGCUUAGGUACAAAACACUUGUCAUGAAUAAAAAGCAUUACGUGUACACUGCUGAAACAGACAGCGUCGCUGAACGUAAGAAAUAUGCUUCAUCUGAUAACCGCCGUACAAAUGCCAACGCAACUAAAGGUGCAUCAAGCUAG